GGGGUUUUCCAGAGGGGGUCCUGGGACCGACCACACCCUGCUGCUCAUCUUCGCUCUCCUACUCGUCGUCCUCCCGCCGCGCAGCGAAUGUUCUGCAAACGGCCUUUGUCAGCGAAGGUGCUGACACACAGCAGUGGCCACGCGGCCAACUCAGCGGGCUUGGCAGCCGGCCACUCUGGGUUUGCCCAGCCUGCCGUCGCGAAAAUUGCCACAUGGGAGCCGAAGCUCGCGGAAAACCGGCUCGCUCCAGUGAGCGAGAUGCUUCGCUCGCGCGGAGGCCAGCGUCGGCGCAGGGGAGGCGGCGAGGCAGGGGAGAAGAGAGGAGAAGGAGGACUGAGAAGUCAGGCCCUCCAGGGCCUGCCGUUGGCCUCUGGCUGUGCGAGUCACGUGGGUGCGCCUUCCGCCGGGCUCCGGCCUCGCGCCUCCUCGGGAGCGGGGCGCCAGCGGGCCGCUGGCGGCAGCGCGAAGAAGCAGGGGUCGGGAGUCGCCCUGGCGCGCGAAAGGACCACGGCGGAGCCGCCCCGGCGCGCUCUGUACAGUGGCGGCCCUCGGUGACAAAGGUCUUCGGGAGCCAAUACGCUGUAGCCUAUCGGCUGUGCUGGGGACCGAACGCCAGCAAUGGUCUCAUCCUCACCCUCUUCUC